AUGGCUACCCCAGCGGCCCCAGCGACGUUCGCCGUGAUGCACCGACGCGUCACGGAGGCCGGCGUCAUGGCUGCCAUCCACGAGUUCAUGCGGCGCAAGGCCAACGGCGAAGACGGUGACCUCCUCAUCGCCGAAGACGUGCUCCUCCGUCGCUGGCUGGACGGUCGUUUGUCCGGCCUCGCCGUCUUCCGAGCGACGUACGAGGGCGACGUCAUUACCCAGACGACCCGCGGCGACAUUUUCAUCACCGAGGUGCCUGGCGAAGUGCACCAGGAGGCCAUUUUCCGUCUGAACUGCGUUUUGGACGCCGCCUUGAUGGGAACGCCGUUAAAGUCCACCACAGACGUGGAUUACUACCAUGCCGGCCACGCCCGCAGACCCGACCUCGCGAUUAGACCGAGACGCGCGAUCCGCGGCGACUCCCGCAGCAAUUUGCCCCGCUGCAUGAUCGAGGUCGCCGUCACGCACAACACGUCGUUCAACACGUACGACCCGCACACACGCGCGCUCUUCGACGAGUUUCCAGUGCUCCAGACGGUCCUUGUCCUCGUCCUCUACCCGCUGCGGAACGCGGCGACGCUUGACCCCAACAUGAACCCCAUCUUGGCGCAGAUGCCCGCGCUCGCUGUGCUCUACCGUCGUCUUGGCAACAACAUUGCGAUCACGGACGCCAUGAGCUGCGGCAACCAUGCUCUACACGGGAACGUGCGCCUUCCCGUGGGUGUGGUUGUGCGCGACGAGGUCGCUGCGAUGGCUGCCGAGCUGCCGCUUUUCAACUUGGGCCAGCCGUGGAACCAUGGACCUGCCAUUACGCUGCUCGGUGACGAUCUGUACCGCACCUCAGAUGGACACGGCCAUAUCAUUCAGGGCUUGCUCCCCGACUACCCCGUGCAUUUGGCAACGACGAUCGCCGCAGCGAUUCGGACUGGAUACGAAGAAGCAACCCCCGUCAACGGUCUCGCCGCACAAGCUGCUGCUGUCCAAGCAGCUGCACAAGCUGCCGUGCAAGCUGCUGCCGCACCGAAUGUCCGACGCCGCAACCACCGCUACAACCUCCGCCACUGA